GUUAUACAUUCUGACAUGAACGUAGCUCUCUCAAUCAAUACUUACAACCUAUCAAUAUCGACGGAAGUUUGGUAGUAGCCCCUUUAGAUACUUAACUUAUAUGUAUCAUGAUACCUCGUCGCAGUAAAGAGGUCCUAAGCAGCUAGUAUAGGUAACUCGGCGCUACUACCUUAAGUUGGGUACAGAUAAUAUCAAUUUUAAGCCAAGGUUAAGAAAUUUCUAUGGGAAAGGAUCUUGAGAUGUGUGUGUGCCUAGUUGGUGGAUAUCUGCAGGUCGUCCUAAAGAGUCGGCUAUUGGCUGCCAAUGAGUGGGAUGAGUCGGCAUAAUUUGUUGGAAAACGCCUUUACUAAACCGAAUACAUAAUCCUACCUAACUUCUCUGCGAAGUUCCAAGAAUAUCAAAAUGGCGGCCCGUGUAUUCUAAUAGGCGUAUAUAUGUCUACAUAUAUGUCUACACCAUUCCAAUACCGCCCCUUAACAAAGUCUGGGGAGAUUAGGGUCUUCACUCUUGAUCCCUCGCCAAAUCGAGAAGCAGUUCUGAAGGGCUCAUUCCAACAUAUUGUACUUCUUACCCAGUAUUUUACUGACCAUUAUGUCGCUCUGUCAUAUGUAUGGGGUGACAGCACAACCACUGAUACAAUUCUUGUCGAUGGCCACAAAAUCGGAAUCGCUGCUAACCUCAGCGCCGCAUUAAGAGACAUCCGCAAUAGAACAAGAGUUCUCCGAAUAUGGAUUGACGCGUUAUGUAUUGACCAAAGAAACAUCCCUGAACGGAAUCGACAAGUCGCUCUAAUGGGGGAUAUCUACUCCACCGCAAGUAGCACGAUAAUCUAUCUUGGUCCAUUAAGCCCGGAUACCCAGCUUAUUUUUCAACGACUACGUGGGGGAAUGUUUAGAAGUUUUGAUAAUGCUAGUAGUAUAAAUUUAACCCCUAUACGUCAACAGGACUUGGAAAGUAACGGUCCAUCAAAAGAGGUUUUGGAUCUUGCUGCAGCGUCAAGCCAACUGUUAGCCAGACCUUGGUUUCGUCGGGCUUGGACAUUUCAAGAAUUGGUUCUUUCAAGGGACCCUUGGUUCCAAUGCGGAUCAAGACAUGUUAGGUGGAUGGAUCUUUGUAACCUGCUACUCCCUUUGCUAAGGGAGUACCAAUCGGGAAUGGAGGUCGACUUGGUGCGUAUGAAGGAAGUCCACGAUGCCGUCCACGCGCGUAGCGAUACUGACCGAGGCACCUUGAGUCUAUGGCGGAUUCUAGAGAUCAGAGGGAGAGCUCAGGCGACUGACCCGAGAGACCUCAUAUAUGCGAAUAUGGGACUUCACUUGGACCGUCAAGAGGUCGGAGAAUUCGUACAAAUCGAUUACAAUAAGACAGCCCGGGAAACAUUCAUCGAAGUCGGCCUUUACGCGAUGAAACAUGUUGGUUUUAAUCGGGCGUUAUCUAACAUCUCCGUCUCCCCUCUCAGAUCUAUUCUCCCAUCAUGGGUGCCUGACUGGGGUUUCGACGCCAAGUUGGAAUCUAUCGACGGCCAACGGGUCGAUGGGACAGAUCACAGUCCUUUAACAUCAGAGAAGGAUGUGCUCUUAAUAAGGUCUAAAAAUCCCCCGCUGGUUGUCACUCACGUCAGCGAGAUUCUACCAUCCCCGAGGUCGCCCCAGGACAGCACCAUGGAUAAUAUGACCAUGAUAGGGGGUAGUGUCUAUUUCACAAAACUUUCACACAAACCAAUCAAAGAUUCAGUUCCAAAGUUAUGGUCGGAGUUCGCUUGGUUACGGAGUGUGCUCGAGGAGGGAGGCUCUCACCCUAUUGAUUGGCUAAAUAGUAUUAGUGAUGAUAACGCCUGUGAGCUAAUAUUGAAGCUCUAUAAUAAAGACAUACAUGAUCCGAGAAACCCGUCCCGACUAGCUUUACUCGACAAUUCGAUAGCCACUAUUGUCAAUGAGAGGGUGCGUGCUGGAGAUAGCAUUGUCAAAUUGGAGAGUAUCCAAUUCUAUCAGGGGGGAAUAUUUCAUACAAGCGAACAGGAAUUCCCGGCGCGAAUUGUCAUUCGCAAGUUAGAGUCAAAUUUCCCCUCCGAACUCGACAAUAGGAUUGUUGCUAUGUUUCCUCCAGACGAUAGAUAUAUCGGACGACGUCAACAUUGCCGCCUGAUAGCCCCUCAGGCGAUACGCAUUGAAGAGACGACACUCGAGCGAGAGACUUUAUUAAUCGUCCAUUGAUAAUUAUCUAUACUACUAUAUCAAAGACGGGAUUUACUUACUUGCUGGUACGAAUCUCUAUAGAUUGUGAUAAAUAUAGAUUAGCCGUCCAACAA